CCGCUUUGGAGAAGAAGGGGAGGAAACUCUCCAAGAAGCCUGAGGGAUCUGAGAAGCAUGUCAAGAUUAAGGAUGCCACCCUUCCGGACGAGCUGUACAAGCUCGGCUUCCGCCGGUAUCGGCUAAUGGGGGAGGAGGCCGAAAAUUAUCCCGAGAUUGAUCGUGUAUACGAGAGCGCCGAAGGACCAGAUAUGGACGCUAGGAACCUCUUCAAAUUGAAGAAGCAACUGGCGAAGGAGAACAAGAAGAAGGACGCCCCGGCGCAGCAGAGGGCGGUGGAUGACAUCUUCCCGAAGGUAGGAACUGUCGACGGGUCCAAGGAGGCAGUGCCCGUGGUGAAGGCUGCUGCCGGCGAAGACACCAGCUCUGAUGCUGGAGGCUCUCCCAUUGGGGAGCUCAAGAGGAAAAGAGUCGGGAAUGGCGUGGUGCCCCCGGAGGAGAAGAAGCAAAAGAAGGGGGCCGUCGGGAUGAAAGAGGCCCCCGUUGUCAUUGUUGAUGAACAACCCUCCGAGCCCUCGGCUCCGGUUGCUGGUGUGCCGUGGCCCCAAGACCAUGUGCAGUUCUCAAUCACUAAGGGGACCACUAUCAUGCAUGGCACCUUGAACCCGAAGGAGUUCCUGAGGGGUGCCACUCCCCCGACAGACAAGUCAGUGCUCUCCCGGCAUGCUGAUGACGUCCUCUGCUCCAAGGUCCUUCAGGCCUCGGUUACUGCAAGCCUUGGCCUUGGUGAGCUCAUCCAGAGGAUGGAGCGCUAUGCCUUUCAGAAGCAUAAGGAUGACGAAGCCUUGGCUGUGGCCCGAAGGAGGCUUCGGGAGGCCGAGGAAGCUUUCGAAGUCGAGAGGGCGCCCCUCAACAAAAUUCUUGAUAACUCCAAGACAGUGGCCAGGGCCGAG